AAUAUACCAAAUAUGUUCUUAGCUAGCAAAAGUAGCCAUUCCUCAAAUACUCAACAUGGUAUUAAUUUUCAUCUUUUAGCUCCCAAAAAAAGGAUGAAUUCACCUAACAUAUGGUGCCAUUUAUUUCUCAAAUUUAGCUGUGGAUUGCAUUUGCAUAGUCAGUAACUAAGUUUCAAUGCUGAUUUUAAAAGACAAAAUUUCUAUCAACAACAAAGCCGGUGCCAUUGCUCUAGAGUUUAUUUCUCAAUGGGACCUGCAGCAUGAAGAUCUCAUGCAAGAAAACUAUUCCAAGUUGGCUCUUGUAGUAUAAAUUAGCCACCCGAAUCAUUCACACUCUCACACAUUCUCGGCAAUGGGGCUUCGAGUUAAGUUCUUGGUCAUCGGUGUUUUCCUCCUGUCGACUCUUGGCUCAUGUCGAGCCAAGAGCGCGACAGUUAAGGUAGUCGGCCUUUUGCACUGCAUCAAAAAUGGCUCUAGCUGCAGCAAUUCAUCCCUAGGGUUUGAAGUGAUGGUGAGAUGCAAAGCGAAUGAGAUGAUGGCGCAGGGAAACGGAGGUGUUGAUGAGCGUGGGAAGUUCAAUGUGACGCUCUCUGCUGAGAUCGCGGGGGAUUCGAGCGCCACGGACGGCUGCUACGCGAAGCUGCAGAGUAGAUCCGGUGCGCCCUGCCACAUACAAGCAGCGCAAGCUGCCUCGGUGAAAAUUCUAACCCACUCUGCUGCGACGCAAGCGGUAAAUGUUAGUGCGCCCACCGUAAUAAAAUUUUCACCUAUUACAUGCCAAUCCGCCUUCUUUUGGCCCUUCCCCAACAUCACAUUCUUCGGCUCCCCGCCGCCGCCGGCGCCGGAAUAUACCCCUCCGCUGGAAAAUUCAACUCCGCCGCAACCAUCAUAUAAUGCACCAGCCCCAUCCCUUCCGCCGCCGGAACUCGAGGCUCCAUCUCCGUCGCCGGCGCUGGCGCCGCCGCCAACUUACCGAAACCCUACCAAUCCAACAAUCAGAAGACCAUCUCCACCACCACAAGCUCCUCCUCCACAAAUUCCGCCGCCAACUUCUACCCCAGUUUACAGCCGGCCGUCACCACCUCCACUUCCGGCGGCGGCGGCGGCGACGCCUCUCAAUGGCCCAAUUCAAUCCCUAACUCCGCCCGGACAAACGCCAAAUUCAGCUCCUCCACCCGCUGUGAUCGCUCCAGCUCCACCAACUCGAGCAUCAUCGGCAGCAGCGGCGCCUUCAGCCGGAAUAUCGAUCCCCCCGAGGCGGAGGCGGCCGAGUCCGAUUCCGAGAGCUCCGCCGAUUCCGCGGCUGCCUGUGACGCCGAGUGUGCCGAGAAAGUAUUUCAAUCCGCCAAAGUCAAGAACCAAACCUCCAAGUUCCGUUUAAAACAUACCGAUUCCCUCAUUUAAUUACUCCACUAUUUAAUUAGUGUGAUUUUGCAAUUUUUUUUUUUUUUGGCUUUUGUAUUUAUGGAAUACUAAUAAUCAUGUGUUUUUUUUUUUUUUUUGAGGGAUAAUAAUCAUGUGUUUGUUUAGUGUCGAGGGAGAGUUUAAUUUGCAUAUUCAGAUCAAUAAACUGAUUUGUUUUUUGUGCUUUGAUUAAAA